GCCAGAGUGGUCCUGGCCCCAUCCUGGGAGCUCAGAAGAGGAGGCAGGGAGAGGAAGCAUGUACUGGCUGGGGGACUUGCUUCCCUUAGGAAUGGAAGAUGCCUGCAUUUUUCAGCCUAGGUUUCCAGAAAGUCCCCCACCACCUUGAUCUUUGUCCGCCCCACCGCCAUCCCAGGCUUCAGGAAGUGGCUGAUGCCUCUUUUCUUUCUCCUGGGGAGAGCAGCCCGUGGAACCACUUGUCUUGAGGACCCUGUGUGGGAAGUGGGUGGGCCUGCACUUCAUAGGACAAGUUGAUAAAUCCAGUCUCUGCACCAUAGUGCUGCCUGCUGGUGAAGGGGCAUUUCUCCUCCCAGACAGUGGUGGGGUGACGUGGGCAGGGGCACUCUGAGACCCAGGGAGGGAGUGGCUUCUGGGGUCUUGGGGAGGCUUAUAGGGACAAAAGGAGGGGAGGGUGAGGGAAGUGGUAAGAAUCCAGGACCUGAAUUCCCAGCCUGGCCAGCCCUUGCAGCCACACCUGGAGCCAGCGGGGUUGGGGAGAGUUGGGGGCGGGCCUGAGGAUGCUUUUUCCUCUUAGAGCCCUUGGUCCCCCUCUGUCUCCACCACCCACCCCUGCUGUGUUGAACCCCUGGGUGCCGAGUGGCAGGAGCCCCUGGGUGGGGUGUCCCAUUUGGGUCUGGCUGGCUGGGUCACUGAUUGUUGUGUGUACUUCCUUUCCCCAGAUCAUGCGGAUCAAACCUCACCAGGGCCAGCACAUAGGAGAGAUGAGCUUCCUACAGCACAACAAAUGUGAAUGCAGACCAAAGAAAGAUAGAGCAAGACAAGAAAAAAAAUCAGUUCGAGGAAAGGGAAAGGGGCAAAAACGAAAGCGCAAGAAAUCCCGGUAUAAAUCCUGGAGCGCUCCCUGUGGGCCUUGCUCAGAGCGGAGAAAGCAUUUGUUUGUACAAGAUCCACAGACGUGUAAAUGUUCCUGCAAAAACACAGACUCGCGUUGCAAGGCGAGGCAGCUUGAGUUAAACGAACGUACUUGCAGAUGUGACAAGCCAAGGCGGUGAGUCGGGCUGGAGGAAGGGGGCCUCCCUCAGGGUUUCGGGAACCAGACCUCGCACUAGGACAAAACUGAUCGCUCACUUGCGAGACAAACCAUGCCGCUGCCGCCGCCGCCGCUGCCACCACCUCCACCACCUCCACCACACCAUCACCAUCGACAGAAUAAUCCUUGAUCCAGGAACCUGAAAUGAAGGAAAGAGGAGUCUGUCCGAGCACUUUGGGGGCCGGAGUGCCAGACCCCGGCACAAGCAUUCCCGGACAGGUGACCCAGCAUGGUCCCUCUUGGAAUUGGAUUCGCCAUUUUUGUGUUUCUUGCUGCUAAAAUCACCAAGCUCCGAAGACUAGAGUUUUAUUUCUGGGAUUUCCCCGUAGACACGCCUACCCACAUACAUACGUUUAUAUAUAUAUAUAAAUAUAUAUA